CGAAUCUCAAACAAUAGGGUCUCUGUGGUGUUUGUACGAAGAGAAAUCUUUCACACAGAUGCUGUACUCUCUCAAAUUGUCCCCACUUUUGGCAAACUCCUGCUAGACUUUGCAUGGUUAUAUUUUUGAACAGUAUUUGGAGAAAACAGUCAAAAAUAAGUGAUCAUUUGCCACAAGUCGUGCAGAGCUCUGCCAUUCUGGAGAGCGGAAAAUGUGGAAGUGUUCUUUUUGAGCAUGGCAGGCUUGGCCAGUCCAAGCCAUCCUGUUACAGGGCUGGGUGCUGCUGCCAGCCCACUCUGGGCUAAUUGUCCCAGGGCUGAGCUCAGCUCACCCAAGCCAUGGGUGAGCAUGGUGCCACCUCAGCCCUUGGUGGCCUGCUGGGAUGCUGUGCACCAAGCUCCAUGUCCUCCUGCCUUCACCCCAGCAGGGCUGGCCCUGGGGAGGAACAGGAGGGUUUUGCUGUGUUUUGCUGUGGGUGCAGCACGAAGGGCUGGCUGCAGGAGCACGGAUCCUGGCGGAGGCGGUGAGGUGGAGCGGGUUUUCCUGCAAUUGUAGGGGACAUUUUCCUGUUGUGUUUCAGCCACGACUGUCUUGCAGUUGCAGACGCAGCCAUCGCUGCCACAGGAUUGCUGGGGCAGUGGUAGGGGCUGCUGUGGUGGCUGAAGGGUCAGCGUGGUCCUGUCUCCGCAGCAAUGUUUCCCACGGAAGAUGUAGGGCGGGAUCCAGCGAUAGCUGAUCAGCUUCCCUGGAUUUCGCUGACACCACAGGAAAGCUUUGCCUGAAGAUGGAAACACUGGAGUCAGAACUGACCUGCCCUAUCUGUCUGGAGCUGUUUGAAGACCCGCUGCUGCUGCCUUGCGCUCACAGCCUCUGCUUCAACUGCGCGCACCGCAUCCUGGUCUCCCACUGCGCCACCAACGAGCCAGUGGAGUCUAUCACCGCCUUCCAGUGCCCGACCUGCCGCUAUGUCAUCACCCUCAGCCAGCGCGGUCUAGACGGGCUCAAGCGCAACGUCACCCUGCAGAACAUCAUCGACAGGUUUCAGAAAGCCUCGGUCAGUGGGCCCAAUUCCCCCAGCGAGACCCGCCGGGAGCGGGCGUUCGAUAACAACAGCAUGUCGUCCUGCGAGAAGGUGCUCUGCCAGUUCUGCGACCAGGACCCUGCCCAGGAGGCGGUGAAAACCUGCGUUACCUGCGAGGUGUCCUACUGCGAGGAGUGCCUGAAAGCCACUCACCCCAAUAAGAAGCCAUUCACCGGCCACCGUCUCAUCGAGCCUAUCCCGGACUCUCACAUCAGGGGAUUAAUGUGCUUGGAGCAUGAGGAUGAGAAAGUUAACAUGUACUGUGUGACUGAUGACCAGUUAAUCUGUGCCUUGUGUAAACUGGUCGGGCGACACCGUGACCAUCAGGUGGCAGCUUUAAGUGACCGCUAUGACAAGCUAAAGCAAAAUUUGGAGAGUAACCUCACCAACCUUAUUAAGAGGAACACUGAACUGGAAACUCUUCUGGCAAAACUCAUUCAGACCUGUCAACAUGUAGAGGUAAAUGCAUCCCGCCAAGAAACCAAGCUGAUGGAAGAAUGUGACCAACUCAUUGAAAUAAUCCAGCAAAGACGGCAAAUAAUUGGAACCAAAAUCAAAGAAGGAAAGGUGGUGAGGUUGAGAAAACUGGCUCAGCAGAUUGCGAACUGCAAGCAGUGCAUUGAGCGCUCGACAUCCCUCAUCUCUCAGGCUGAGCAGUCACUGAAGGAGAACGAUCAUGCUCGCUUCCUGCAAACAGCUAAAAAUAUCACUGAAAGGGUUUCCAUGGCAACUGCAUCCUCCCAGGUUCUAAUUCCUGAAAUUAACCUCAAUGAUACAUUUGAUACCUUCGCACUAGAUUUUACCAGGGAGAAGAAAUUGUUGGAAUGCCUUGAUUACCUUACAGCUCCCAACCCACCCACCAUUCGAGAAGAGCUCUGUACAGCCUCUUAUGACACCAUUACUGUGCACUGGACAUCAGAUGAUGAGUUCAGUGUGGUCUCUUACGAGCUGCAGUACACCAUCUUCACUGGGCAAGCCAACGUUGUUAGUUUAUGCAACUCAGCCGACAGCUGGAUGAUUGUUCCUAAUAUCAAACAAAACCACUACACGGUGCACGGGUUACAGAGUGGCACGAAGUACAUCUUCAUUGUCAAGGCCAUUAAUCAGGCUGGCAGCCGGAGCAGCGAGCCUGGCAAGCUCAAGACAAACAGUCAGCCAUUUAAACUGGACCCCAAAUCUGCUCACAGAAAAUUGAAAGUGUCUCACGAUAACUUGACAGUGGAACGGGAUGAAACAUCAUCCAAGAAGAGUCACACACCAGAGCGAUUCACGAGCCAAGGGAGCUACGGAGUAGCUGGCAACGUGUUCAUCGACAGCGGGCGGCACUACUGGGAGGUGGUUAUAAGCGGGAGUACAUGGUAUGCUAUUGGUAUUUCCUACAAGUCAGCACCGAAGCACGAGUGGAUUGGAAAGAAUUCUGCCUCCUGGGUGCUUUGCCGCUGCAACAACACGUGGGUGGUGCGGCACAACAGCAAAGAAAUCCCCAUCGAGCCCGCGCCCCACCUGCGGCGGGUCGGGAUUCUGCUGGACUACGACAACGGCUCCCUUGCCUUUUAUGAUGCUUUGAACUCCCUACACCUUUACACUUUUGACAUUACAUUUGGCCAACCAGUGUGCCCCACGUUCACGGUGUGGAAUAAAUGCUUGACCAUUAUAACUGGCUUGCCUAUCCCUGAUCACCUAGACUCCUCCGAGCAGCUCGCGUGACUGCUGAAAGCCAAAAGGUAGGACGGCACAUCUUCCCAGGCACACAUCUUCCCAGGCACACAUCUACCCAGGCACACAUCUUCCCAGGCACACAUCUACCCAGGCACACAUCUUCCCAGGCACACAUCUACCCAGGGCAACCAGGCAGCGCCACCAGGAGCUUACCCGGAGCUGGCGGAUCCAUGUGGCAUCCCAGACAAUGCUGUCGAAUUUGGGGAAAACUGACAAGAAGAGAAAAUCUCUUCCUGUGUAUUUUGUACUGAAGGACAGGAAACGGCUUUAAUAAUAUCCUAGAACUUUUUUUUUUAUUUUUGGUUUUGUUUGGUUGGUUUUUGUAUUUCAUCUCUUACAGGAAGAUUUAUAAAUUAUUUAUAAAAAUAGAAAAAAAAAAAGAGAGAAAACUGAAAGUCUAGUAUGGAUACCUGGGAAAUGACUUCUUGUUGUUUUGGGGGUUUUUUUUGCACAUUAGUGGUCCUAUUAAUUAAAGUUCCAUCAUCCUUUUGAAUAAUUUUAUUUUACAGUGGUUAAUAGCAGGAAAUUGGAAAGAUGAAAACUGCACAGUGGACAAGUCAGCAUACUGCAGGUUUUACUGAUACCAACAUUAGUGGUCUCAUUACCAGCCUUGUUGAGUAUGAGAUCUCCCAAUUUCUACUUUGCACAUGGGAGUGUGCAGACCAAAAGAACAAAAAUAAGCAAGCAAGGAAGUGGAGCUCACCAACACAGCAAAAGAAUAAAGUUUAAUUUACUUUUGUUCACAGGGCAGUGCACUCUCUGUUCAUAAAAAACAUGUGGAAUAUCUCCUAGAAAUGUGAGUGGAUAAAUCAUCUGGUGAUUUAUUUUAUUGAUGGCGAUAUUCCCAUCUACCAGUGCUUCGCUUUUGCCUUUGGGAAACGUUAUAGAAUCACUGAGGAUGUGGAAGACCGAUACCAUCUCUGAGAAUCAGCAACACUGGAGGAGAACAGCCAAUCCAAGGUCUGACUGUAGACUAAUUUGAUAAAGCACGGCACCGUUUAAGGAUGAUUGAUUGAUUGUAAUAGAAGAUGUCACGGUUCUGAUGGUAGACAUGUGAAUGCUCAUUGCUGAUUUUACAAGGUUCAACAUAGCAAGCCCAGCCAACAACUCGGAAGUGAGACAUGCACCACCUUACCAUUGGUUUUAAAUUAAAUACAAAUGUUUCAUUGUCGUACACUGUGUAGUGUCUAGCACAAAGCAAGAAAAUCUGUUUUACAUGUGCUGUAUGGAGGAACACUGCAGCUGGAGUUUGCUCAUAGUUAGCAUUGUCCCAGGUUGUUUGGGAAAGCACAGUUCACUUUGUGAAUGAAAAGUAGAGAGUAACCUCUCAGCAGCAGUAGGAAUCUGCACAGAGAGACCCUAUAUUCAUCCUGGUGUGAAGGCAAGAGUGGUUGUAUGUACUUUAUCUCAGAGCUGAAUCAGGUGCAUUUUUUCCCCUUUCCCUUUACAGAUAGAAGCUUUUUGUAAUUAUUGCAAUGCUUAUGUAUAAAUGAUCAUUUUGGGAGAUGCUUGAGGUAUAUGACAACUUUAAAAGAAUGGUUUUCCUACAGUGUUUUGUUGUUACUAUGCAAGUGGUGAAAAUCUGCCUGUGUAGAGAAAAGUUAAAUUGAAUAUCAGCUUUAAAGAUUUGCUCAGUAAUUUAUAACCAUGCUUUAGGUGUCUUUUGAAAAAGAUGCCUUAAUGCACUUUGUUCAGUAAUGGGUCCAGAAUAAAAUGGUCCCAAGCUCAGCUUCAGAUUUUUUACAUACUGAUUCUCCAGGUACAAAGCUCUACUACAGUUUGCCUUAUGAGUAUAUAAAAAAUUUAUGAACAAGAUGAGGAGAAUACGUACAUGCCCAUUUGUUUGUUUGGGGUUUUUAAUAGAAAAUAAAUGCCUUUCCAUGCUUCUUUGAUUUCCCUUUAUAUGCCCUGCUAACUGCUUAAAUAAAUGGAAAAAUAUCUGGCAGUACAUUGUUGAUGCCAUGGCUUUCAGCUAGGCAACAUCCCAUAUUUCACAGGUAGGAACUACUGAUCUUUCCCAAAUAUACAUAAAAAAGCAAAAUGUGUGCGUAUAGCGAACCUCAGUGUUUAUCAUAGUGUCAUUAAUAAUCAAGAAACAUAUACCCUCAAAAAUGAAAAAGUAAAUCAGUCCCCAAGCAUUAGAUUUUAAAAUUGAGUACAAUGUUAAUGGUACAAUCUGAUAUACAAUGCCCAGAUGAUCUGACCUGGGAUGUUUGGGAGCUAGCUGACAUGGUAUGAAAAUUUUGAAUAUGAGUUGACAGGAGAUGUCUGAUGCAAAGCAGUGAUAAAAGGAUGCAUGAAGAAAGGACUUUUAUUCUAGGGUUAUUGCCAAGUUUCUGCCUAAAAGGAAGGAGUGAAUUACCAAAGUAAAUGUAGCAAGGCUCUGUAUCUUCUCUUUUGCAAGAAAUAUUAGAUCUAGAAGCUGAUUUCAGUAGUGGAGAAACUGAAAACACUGCUCGGUGUUUGGUUAUACAGUGUUGGCAGAGAUUGAGCUGGAUGGAAAUAAUACCAUGAAUUUGGAGAGGUCCCAAAUGAUUUUCAUUGUAAAGAUAGAGCAUGAGUCUAAAGACACAUCAUGGUUUUGGCCAAUGGAAAAAGGAUGGUCUGUUAUCUACAGACCUUGCUGUAUCAUCUUUAUUUUAACACAGAAUACUUCAUUUGGAGCUAAGCCACAUUUUUCCAAUGUGCUAUUAACUGUCAGUACUCUUUGUGCAUAUAUGUUUGUGUAUAUAUGUACACAUAUGUAUGGGUAUACACGCACCAGCAUAUGCACAAAUAUCGUGUGUAAUUUGUGUAUACACACCCAUAUGUAUAUACACAUACAAAGUGACAGCGAUUAGUCAGGUGUUCCUUUUUUCUUGUUUCUUGGACAAUUUCAUAUUCUGUAUGACAAUGAGGAAACAAGUUUGCUAUGAAUAGUAUUCUUCUGGACGUUUUUUAACAAACAGAAUCUGUUUAUUUUACAAUACUUGAUUCAAUGCCUGAUUAAUCAAUAAAAACUUGCAUUUGAAAAUGUAGCAUCUGUGGUCUGUGGCAUUUUGCAUGGUCCAUAGUAAUUAAUUGAAAUCUGGGGGAGCAAGUAAUUCUUGUAUAAAAAAUAAAACAUGGUACUUUAAUGUUGCAUGUGGUCUUAGAUGAGGAUUUUUCCCUUUUAUUUUGAAAGUUUUGUGACUAGGAAUGAGGUAACAUUGUAUAAUGCUGUGUUUAACAAAAGCAGAUUUUUUAAGAAUAAUCUGCUGAGAUGCAAACAAUGAAAGUGGUAGAUAAAGCCUGUGUUUGUUUCAAAAGUGUACUUAAAACCCAAUUUGGGGUGCAGCAGAAUUAGAGAAAAAAUAACACAAUCUCUUUAGGAGAUAAUAGCAGGUCAGAGUAGUGUUGAGCCUGAGGAAAUGGAAGGGUGGGGGAAUAUUUUUCUCUGAGACCGGAUAAGAUUUUCCAUGUGUUUGACUUUUAUGUGUUAAUGCACACCUAACAGAAAAAAAAAAAUCUGUCUCCAGUCUACUGUAUUUUCCCAUUGUUGGCUUUCAGAGAGCAAUAACGUUGCUGCUUUUUCUGCCAUUAGUUUAUUUUUUAUCCGUUUUGGAAAUCCCAUUUUUCAAUUGCUCAACAAAGAGACUCUCAGUGAGCAGAGGGUCCCAAGGGUAGGAAGCAUAAAAGUCUCUCAGGUCUGGGUACACUAUGAAAAACAGGAAAUCUGCAACUACAGGUGAAAACACAGUCUUCAUUAUUUUAGCAAUAGUAGAUCACUAAACAGCAGUGUGCAUCAUCUGUUUUAGUCCUGUGUCUUAAUUGCAAACACUAUAUUCUUUACAUGUUAGAAAACGCAACAGGACACCAUUGAGAGCACAAAUUAAAAUGUCAGCUCAUUAACCAGUUCAUUUUGAGAUGGCCAACAUUUAUAGCACCAUGAAGUACUGUGGAACAUGCCAUUAAAAUAUUAUUUAAUAACACAGUAAAUAUUUAUUUUCUAAUUAUUCACAUAAAACAAAUGUCUAGUAGUUAGCAGAUUCUGCUUUUAGUUGCAGUAGCACAAUUUUCAGAUAAGCCCAUGCACCAAAACAAAGUGAGGAUUGCUAGUGGCUCUCAUCUGUGUCUCCAAAACUGAGGGUAUUCAUUUUAGUUGGGAACACUGUUUCAGUUUGUGGUUUAGGAGUGCAGAACUGCUGGACCCACACAGGAAGCACACACCAGCCCCUCAGUAACUGGCCAGGGCACACCUGGCCUGAAGGCUUUCAGUGAGGCAGCUUUGGGGGGCUGGUGAUAAACAAAAACAUGCACAAGUUGCUUAUGGAGUGAUGUGCUGGGAGUUUCCCUGUUAAACCAUUUCUGAUGUAUUUUCACAUACUGUUCUUUGUAAUAGUUGGAAGUGUGUCUUGAGAUAGAGGGAUGUAAAAUGCAGAAUUUUCCUGUCUUAGUGAGUUGGUUGCCCAUACAGAAAUGAGCACAAUGUUUUUGUCUUCACAUUGAGGAAAGUCCUGUUCCCUUACCAGUUCUGAUGUUGAGCUAUUUGUAUUUAAUGUUCUUUCUGAAAUGAAAGAAACCCUGUUUACAUUUUAACUUUUGAAUUAGCACUCGAUUUUCAUGUAAAAAAUUAAGAGACUACAGAGCAGUGAUGUUAACAAUGCUUUCAGUGUGGGCUAGAUUCUUGGUUUGGACUGUGAUGUUUAGGGCAUCUGUGUGUGUAAAUCAAAUCUCUGUACCAGAACAGACUGAUGUGUCAUUCAUGUGGGAGUUGAACAGUGCAGGUGCAAGUGUUUUCUUCUGAGAUAGGCUUUUGCAUUAAAUCCACUCUUUGAGCAGAAUAUUCUGUUCUUUAAUUUUUAAAAUUGGUUUUCUGAUUCAAGUGCAGACCCAGUUAAUGAGACUGUAAAUAAUACAAUCAUUCAUCAUGUUGCUAAUUUUAGCAAGCCCUGCCGAAUCAUGUGCUUCUGGCAGGUCACUGAACACCUCAGCUGUAGUCAUAACCUUUACAACCUCACCUCCAACGUGAGGACUGAUGCUGAAGAUGUUGCCCAAGUGUGCAACUUUCCCAGUGGGAUUCAUCCUGUUGUGAGUAAGGAACUCCAGCACAAGUCAUGAGACCAGUUAGAGCUGAGGGACACAUAUAUUGCACAAGGCUGAUAUGGGAAAGAUAUGGGCUAGAAAACCAUCACUGUUGAGGCAGUUCUGGUUUAGAAGAGCAACAAUAUAUUAGGAAGUUAUGAAGUCUACUACAGUGUGGCUGACAGUGGCAUUAUUACUGCUGCCUGAGAGAGGAAUGGAGUACCAAAAGAGGGAGUUCUGGAGCAGUGCUGAGAGAUCACUGAGUGACAGGCAGCUGAAAACCUGCCACCACUGCCUGCCUUGGCACCAUGCUGCAGCUCUGCAAAGCAAGCCUGCACCUAUUCAUCCUUUUGUUCCAGCUCAACCUCAACCCACAUUCCCAAAUGACAGGAAAAAUAAUAUUGCAAUUACAUAUUUGAAAUCCUAACCUGAAUAAAAGCAGCAGGGCAAGGAUGAGAGCCCCAGGCCUUGAUCCUCCUUUAUUCACCUAGAUUUUUACAUCUGCUGACUUCAAAGGAGAUAGUCCUGAUUUACACAGAGGUAGUAAAGCCCAUGAAUCUUCACUUUCCAAAGAGUCAAACCCAAGUGAAGCAGGAGCCCCUGUGAGAACAACUCAGACUUCCCAUUAAAUCAUGUCUUUGGAGAAAGUACUUUAGCUGCUAGCAAAAGUGCAAUUUCUCAUGAGCUGUUUCCCAAGGCCAGCACAGGUGUGUUUUAAAAUGUCUGGUUCUUUUAAAAUGUAUGGCUCAAUAACAUUCUUCUUGUGUGAAUUGUUCAGGCAAUGUU